AUGUCGUCGAAUCCAUUUUUGCUGGCUGCAGACAACAAUCCAUCUCUUAUUCCUCUUCUGACAGGGAAUCCAGAGAUUGCAAAGUCACAAGACGAGCACGGAUACUCUUUGGUCCACGCCGCUGCGAGCUACAAUCAUCUCGAUCUUCUUCGGGUACUAGUCAAUGAGCUAAAUGUCGACGUCAACAUCAAGGACGAGGACAACGAAACUGCUCUCUUCGUGGUAGAGACCGUUGAAGCGGCUAAGGCCUUGGUUGAACUGGGGAUUGAUGUGCAGCACAAGGGCCUCGAAGGGCUCACAGCCGCAGAGAAGAUUGAGGGCGAGGCUGACUUCCCAGAAGUGGCGACUUACCUGAACUCUCUCAGCCCUGGACAGGCUGCCCAGCAAAGCAGCUCAGGCGCCUCUGCACUCCCGCCCGGAAUCGUGCCGCCUCCGGAAGGCAUGCAAGUUACGUUUGGAACAAUGAACGAGGCCGAGGUCCCAACCGAGGUGGACGAGGAGUUUCAGCGCCGUAUCGAGGAGCUCGCCCAGCGGGAUGAUUUCAACACACCAGAAGGUCAAGCAGAUCUAAGAAAACUCGUCGAGGAUGCUAUUACGGAUCAGGGUCUCGGCGAAGAGAGAAGUACUAGGCCGAAGCGAGUAUAA